CCAAAGCAGUCAGCUGAUCGCUGACAGGAAGUACUACUGGUCGCAGUACUUCCUGUUUACUUCUGGGACGUGAUCGGCUACCUUAGUGCAGCGACUUUACUCCGUUUAAAUCCCACGGAGCUCCUUGUUUUGGUCACUUUUCUCUCAUCAUGGCUCAGGUUGUGCGUUUCCUUCUGCUCCUGCUCUGGGCUGCGUUUCCGGUCUCUGCAGCUCCGACCGGAAGCAGCUACCUGUCGGGAACAGGCAGGUUCUGGCACAUCACCGACCUCCACCUGGACCCCAGCUACCACCUGGCCCAGGACCCCACCAAGGUUUGUUUCUCCUCCAAAGGAGCCCCCGCCAGCCACGCGGGCCUGUAUGGAGACUUCCUGUGCGAUUCCCCCUACAGCCUGAUCCAGUCAGCCUUCGCCAACAUGGCACCGCUCACACAGCCGCAGGACUUCAUCAUUUGGACCGGGGACAGUCCACCUCAUGUCCCUCCAGACGAGCUUUCCACAGACUUGGUGAUCCAGGUGAUCCGUAACAUGACGCAGACCAUCACUCAGUACUUCCCCAACCUGACCGUCUACCCUGCGCUGGGAAACCACGACUACUGGCCACAGGACCAGAUGCCAGACUCAACUAACGCCAUCUACAAAGCAGCUGCUUCUCUCUGGAAACCCUGGCUGGAUACCGAAGCUCUCACAACGCUCUCACAAGGUGGUUUUUACUCACAGCUGGUAAAACCCGGCCUGCGGUUGGUGAGUCUCAACACCAUCCUUUACUACGGUCCAGAUAAAGUUACAAGCAACAUGACGGACCCAGCCGGACAGUUUGAGUGGCUGGAGAAGACGCUGGAGAAAGCUGCUCAGAGCCAAGAAAAGGUGUACGUCAUAGCCCACGUCCCGGUGGGAUACCUGCCCUUCGUCAGAAACACCACCGCUAUCAGAGAGCACCACAACGAGAGGCUGGUGGCCAUCUUCAGGAAGUACAGCCAUGUUGUUGCAGGGCAGUUCUAUGGCCACACCCACAGAGACAGCAUCAUGGUUCUGCUAGAUGAACAAGGUAAUCCUGUGAACUCUCUGUUUGUGUCACCGGCUGUUACUCCCAUCAAAAGUUUCUUGGAGCGGUAUUCCAACAAUCCGGCUUUCCGCAUGUAUCUGUACGACGAUAAGGACUACGGUGUCAUGGAUAUCUGGCAGUACUAUUUGAAUCUGACGGAAGCCAACGAGAAACAAAGGUCCGACUGGAGGCUGGAAUAUAUCAUGACUGAGGCUUUUGGACUGGCCGACCUGCAGCCAAAAAGUCUUCUUCAGCUGGGCCUGAGCUUCAUGCUGCCACAGACCAAAGCUUUCGACAAGUACUUCAGCCACUUCAUGGUCGGCUACGACAACAGCAUCGUGUGUGAUGGAAGCUGUAAGGUCAACCAGGUGUGUGCCGUGCUCUGCCUGGACCUGCCGGCGUACACCAAAUGUGCUGCAGGCGCAGACUGGUAGCGACAUCUAUCCUCAGGAAACAUCUUUAAUAUCUGUUUAUGUCUGUUGGGAUGAAAUAAAAGGGAAAUGUUGGGCUCUGCCUUCACUGAAACCAAAUAUUCACCAGAGAAUUUGACAUGGAAGUGUUACUUUUACGUCACAAAACCUGAGAUAAACACAAGUUUCUGUCCAAACGGGUUUUUCAGUCCAAUGUCACUUUAUGCUUUAUGAUGAUGUUUGGAAAUGCUGGUUUGGAUUGUUACUUUUGCUGUUAGAAUUUUAUUUCUGUGUGCUGUCAGUUCAAAGGGAUCAUAAAUAGAUGCUGUAUUUAUGUUUCAGAAAAUGUUUGGUUAAAAUUGAUUAUUCUGGUGUUCUGUUGAGCGGCAGAGUUACACGACUACCUGAUUUAAUGAUUGUGGUGAAAUCUGAUGAUGAAUGUUUAUUUUUAUAACUAAAUGUCUGUGACUGAAUGCAUUCAUAAAAUUAAUGCUAAAACCAGGUGUUAUAGAUACCAGCAAAUAUCAUGAUACAUAUUUCAGUUCAUAUUGCUCAUAAAUAGAUUGAUGCUUUUAUUGAUUUAAAAUGCAUCCACGUGCAAUUACGAUCCAAAAGUUGCAAAUUCCUGCUGUUUACAGCAGGGUUCCUGCAGUUUGGUUCUAUUUGUUUAAUGGAAAUUAAUUCUUUAUUUAGAAUAAACUCAGGAAAAGUUUGUGGGAAAAGAAAUAAAGUAUACAAAAAGUGUUGUUUUCAAAUUGUAUGGCAUAUCCUCAUAUCUUCAAAAGAUAAAACUUGACUUUCUAAUGCUAAACAACAACUUGAUAACAAAUUUAACUGUGAACGUUUAGUAAAAAUCAUUCUUAAUGUAAUCUACUUAGUUAAAACAUCUGCUGGAUAAAUCUUUUUUGAUUUGUCACCAAACACAUGUAGUUAUGAAGUAUUUCAGCGAUGAAUCAGAUUUUACUGUUUUACUCGCCUGGGAACAUUGUUGAACCAAAAAAUGUUUCGAAUUGAAGACAAACUAAAUAAAAUAAGCUGUCUACAGCA